AUGUCCACCGCUAACGUUGCAACUGUCGCUUCUACCGAGCCUAAAGUUCCCGUGGCUGCCAACCCUGAAGAGAAACAGGCCGCGGAGCCUCCUUUCUACAUGCUUCCCGAUACUUUGCGCAACUGGCCUUACGAACGCAUCAUCAGUCCUUACUAUCGCGCCGCUCAAGCCGAGUCCGUUGCAUGGCUUGAAAGCUUCAAGCCUUUCUCUCCCGCUGCGCAGGUCGCAUUCAACAAGUGUGAUUUCAGUCUUGUGUCCGCUUUGACCUUCCCCAAGGCCACUCAUUACAACCUCCGAAGCGCCUGCGACUUGAUGCACACCUUCUUUACUCUCGAUGAGCACACCGAUCCUUUGAACACUGAGGAGACCAAGGUCCACUGCGAGGCCACCAUGGAUGCUAUUCUUAACCCUGACAAGCCCCGUCCUGCUGGAGAGCCCAUCAUCGGCGAGAUUGCACGCCAGUUCUGGAAGCGCGCGUCCGCUUAUGCCCCACAAGCCACUAAGGAGCGCUUUGUUAAGGCUUGGCGCUCCUAUCUCGAUUCCGUCAUCCUGCAGGCUUCUCGCCGCGACAGAUCCCAUUACAUCUGCACCAUCGACGAGUACAUGGUCGCAAGGCGCGACAACAUUGGUUCUGACCCAUCUUUCACCUUCUUGGAGAUGUCCCUCGAGGUCGACAUUCCUCACCACAUCAUGGAGCACCCAACCAUCGUUCGUCUCAACAGGGACACCACUGAUAUGAUAGUUCUCGCCAACGACAUGUGCUCCUACAAGAAGGAGAUCCUGGUUGACGACGCCGACUACAACGCUGUCACAGUUGUGAUGCACAAUAACAAAGUUGGUGUCGACGAAGGCAUUCAGUGGAUCUCUGAUCUCCACGACGAGAUCGUCGACAACUUCCUUAAGUUGCGCCAGGAGGUUAUGACCAAGACCAACUUCCCAUCUUACGGCCCCGAAAUGGACCGUCAAGUUGAAGCUUACGUUGAGGGACUUGGUCAAUGGAUCCGUGGUCACGACGAGUGGAACUUCGGGUCCGGAAGGUACUUCGGUGACGAGGGUCUUGAGAUCCAGAAAACUCGCAAAGUUAUCAUUGCUUAA